AUGGCUGAAUACAACCCCUACGGAGACGCACGAACUGACAAAAAGCCAUACGACCCCUAUGGUGACGACGGCGAAGGACCAGGUGACGAAAUGACUUAUGACAUCGAACACCAGUCCACUCCUUCCCCUCCUGCUCCAGUGGACAUUAAACGGCCGUCUCCUCCCACCACUCAUGAAGCAAUCGCUCAUCAUCGAGUGGAUAGUACUGGCUUGCCAGUCCCUCCUCCUCCACGCCCUAGUCCAGAAACCACUGCAGAGGUGCCUCCGCCGGUGCAGGUUCCUCGACCAAUCCCUGAAGAGAGAUCCAUUGUUCCUGAAGAGACACCUGAGGAAGACGCCCUCGUCAGCCCACUUAGAAGUCCACCUCGAAGUUCGGUUCCUGUAAAGUCUCCACCAAAGACUCCAGACACCGUUGCAGUUACUUCCAAGGCUCCACCCAAGACUCCUGACACCGUUUUUUCGACGGACGAGUCAGAAGCCAAAUCAGGUGUAGAUACCUUGAAGCACAGUAACCGUAACGACAUAGAAGGGGAUACUGGCAGUGACGACGGGUCACAUUCCAGUGAUAUCAAAGAGACUUCCUCAGAAGAGCGCGAGAAGGGAGGGAUUAUGCCAACAAAGUGUCUCAUUAUUGCUCUUAUGUUGAUGGUCGUAUUUCUCAUUAUUGCACUGAUCACGGUGUUCCUUGUUCUUUCUGGAGAUGAUAUUUCUGUACCUGCAGCAUCUGAGUUUAAUGACUGGUCGUCUCUUCGGCCAACCAUGCCUGCUCCGAUUGCGCCAAGUGUGCCCGCCCCACCAACAGUGUUCAAUCGCCCAACUCAAGGACCAACCAUGUUCGGUGAACCUGCUCUCACUCUAACGCCCACAACCACAAAUACAAGAGAGGUUGUCACAGCAAGCCCAUCUGCCAUUGGUCAAACUCUACCACCCACAGGACUGGCUACCACAGCAAGCCCUACACAAAGAACAACACCAAGUCCUACUCAAGGAACAACACCAAGUCCUACACAAAGAAUAACUGCAGUCCCAGGCGAGCCAACCCCGGCACCAACCUUCCCACCUACUCCUGGCCCAACUCCCAACCCAACCCCGGUACCGACUCCUGGCCCAACUCUUGCCCCAACGCCAAGACCAACUCCUUCACCCACCAGAGCGAUUUCCGAUCUUCCUCCAUCACCAGGGGGUGUCUUUGAAGACGUCAUUACCGAUUUUUUGUUCGACACCAACAAUGUCAUUGGCGACAACGUGGAUCGAAAUGAUUUGGCGGUCCAAAAGUCUGUGCGAUGGUUGGCCAAUGAAGCCGAUGCUGCCGGAGCCGUUGCCCUUCCACUCGACGAAAAGUACUUGCAACGAUUUGGCAUCCUCAUGCUCUACUUUUCCAUCGAUCCAAACAUCCUACCUUCCAACACAAACACGGCACGCUUGCCCCAUACAAACUUGCAAGGUCGCGACGAAUGUACUUGGAUCGGCAUGUCCUGUGAUGCCACUGGCAUGUUGACCGGAAUUAAGCUUCACGAGCGGGAGCUGGACGGCACCCUUCCAGUCAAAUGGGAAUUCUUUCAAAACCUCAGAAACGUCGACUUGUCCGGAAACAAGUUGAGAGGAAGUAUCCCAGAAGAACUGUACGAUUUGCUGGCAUUGGAAGGGAUAUACUUGUACAAGAACGAAUUGUCUGGUACUAUUAGUUCCAAGAUUGGCCAAUUGUGGAGCUUGCGCAUGUUCCUUCUGAAUCAUAAUAGGCUCACGGGUAGCAUCCCAGCAGACGCCUUUGCCAGUACACCAGAUGCCGGCAGGUUUUAUCAACUUCGCAACUUUAAUGUUCAUCGCAAUCAAAUGACAGGUUCCAUCCCUUCCAAUACACGCUUGCGUCAACUUCGUAUCUUUGAUAUCGGACGGAAUCAGUUCAGUGGACAAGUCCCGGAAGAUUUUGGACGAGAAGCUGUCCGAUUGAGGCACCUUUAUUUGGACCACAAUAAAUUCACGGGAACCUUUCCUUCCGCAGCCUUGAACGCGGGUGAUGGCUUUCUCAGCACGCUCUUCAUCAACGACAAUGAGUUUACUGGAACUUUUCCCGGGGACCAUAAGAGCACAACUGCCAUGAUCGAAAUGACCAUUCAAAACAACAACUUUGUGACGAUGCAACGAAACGCCACCUGCGACUUGGAUGUCUUUUCGGGUGGUGAACUGGUCGAAUUCAAAUCGGAUUGUCUCAUUUGCCGAUGUGGGUUUGCGCUGAUGUGCCGAUACUGCUCUUUGUAA